GCCAAGAGGGUGGAGGGAGGGCGCGCAGUCCCGGCCCAGAGCGUCAAAACAGCACGGCGGCCUCGCCUCGCACCCCUGCCGAUCCGUCGGUCCAGCAGCCAGCGCCGUCGCCAGCGCCGGCAGGGGCUCUGAUCAGGAAUCCUCAAUGAGCUUCUGGGCGUGGGGAAUCAGGAACAGCAUCUUACCACAUACAGAGCCACUCCUUCGUGCCGAAGAGGCGUGAUGCUUUUCUGAAUUAGGGAUUCUAAUGAGUCCUCACCCUCCUCCUCCACAAGGAAUAUUUGGCAUGUGAAUGCAACAGCAGACAGCCCUUCUCAUGCCAGACUUUUGUCCAGUAAAGUCUCCAGCACAUCCCACUCUGGGCUUUAAACGUGACCCCUUGCCUUGCCCUGCCCUGUGAAAAUGUUGGUGCUUCUUGCUUUCAUCAUCGCCUUCCACAUCACCUCUGCAGCCUUGCUGUUCAUUGCCACCAUCGACAAUGCCUGGUGGGUAGGAGAUGAGUUUUUUGCAGAUGUCUGGAGAAUAUGUACCAACAACACGAAUUGUACAGUAAUCAAUGACAGCUUUCAAGAGUACUCCACGCUGCAGGCGGUCCAGGCCACGAUGAUCCUCUCCACCAUUCUCUGCUGCAUCGCCUUCUUCAUCUUCGUGCUCCAGCUCUUCCGCCUGAAGCAGGGAGAGAGGUUUGUGCUAACCUCCAUCAUCCAGCUAAUGGCAUGUCUGUGUGUCAUGAUUGCGGCCUCCAUUUAUACAGACAGGCGUGAAGACAUUCACGAGAAAAACAUGCAAUUCUAUUCCAUGACCAAAGAAGGCAGCUACGGCUACUCCUACAUCCUGGCGUGGGUGGCGUUCGCCUGCACCUUCGUCAGCGGCAUGAUGUACCUGAUACUGAGGAAGCGCAAAUAGAGCCCCGGAGCUGGGUCGCUUUCACUGCCGUACAGAAUCCACAUUCAGAUAACCAUUUUGUAUAUAAUCAUUAUUUUUUUGAGGUUUUUCUAGCAAACGUAUUGUUUCCUUUAAAAGCCAAAAAAAAAAAAAAAAAAAAAAGAGGAAAAGAAAAAAAAUCCAAAAGAGAGAAGAGUUUUUGCAUUCUUGAAAUCAGAGAAUAGACUAUGAACGCUGGUAUUCAGAACUGCUGCCCACUCAAAAGUCUCAGCAAGACACAAGCAAAAAUCCAGCAAUGCUCAAAUCCAAAAGCGCUUGACAGGACAUUUCUUAACUGUGGGGCUGUGAUGGGAGGAGACCAAAGGCUGGGAAAGCCGGGUCUCUGGGGAUGCGCUUCCUGUAGGUUUUAGCCGGCCCAAGCUCCUCCCGAAUCUCUCUGCUAGUGGUAGGUGGAAGAGGGUGAAGUGGGGUAUAGAAGAAUGACAGCUUCCUGAGAGGUUUAGGCCAAGUUCCAAGUGAGAAGCAGGUGUAACCCCUGGCAUUCUGUCUGGAUCCAAACCAGAGCCCAAACAACCCUCUGGUAUAGGGGUGGGUCAGAAAAAGUCUCACCUCAAUUUGCCGACAGCAUCACCUGCUUGCCUUAGGAAUGGUGAUCCUUUACCUACGUGCCAGAUUUAGACUCACCUUCAGGCAAAACCUAUAGCGUCCCGCCUCACCCCAGACCUACAGAAUCAGAGUCUUCAAGGGAUGGGGCUAGGGAAUCUGCAUUUCUAACACGCUCCCUGGGCAACGCUUCAGAUGCAUUGAAGUUGGGGACCACAGUCCCUGGGCCGGGUGAGCAGAGCUGCCUCAAAAAUGCUAGGAUGUCAUCAUGUGGAGAUGGGGAGGUGAAUGUAACCCCCACAGCAGGCCAAAACCUUGGCCUCCAUUGCCACAGCUGUCUACAUCUAGGGCCCCCAAACUCCAUUCCUGGGCCAUGUGAACUCAGACACCUUCAGGGAGUGGGGUGCAGCCUCCUUCCCAUCCUAUCUCAGAAGGCCUCUCCUUUCUUGUCCAGCCCUUUAUGCUACACCUGGCUGGCCUCUCAGCCCUAUUUCUAGAGCCUCAGAGGACCCACCCACUAUUCAUUCAUUCAUUCAUUCAUUGAUUCAUUCAUCAACAUAAAUCAUGACUUGCAUGCGUGUGCCAGGCACAGGGGAUGCCCUCUCGAAACAAUGUCCUCCUAGGGCUCAUGGCUUAAUGGAGGAGACAGAUUUAAAAUUAAUUGGAAAAACUGGCUGUGUGCAGUGGCUCACCCUUGUAAUCCCAGUACUUUGGGAGGCCAAGGCGGGUGGAUCACCUGAGGUCAGGAGUUCGAGACCAGCCUGGCCAAAAUGGUGAAAACCCGUCUCUACUAAAAAUACAAAAAUGAGCUGGGCAUGGUGAUGCGCGCCUGUAAUCCCAGCUAUCAGGAGGAUGAGGUAGGAGAAUCACUUGAACGAGGAGGCAGAGGUUGCAGUGAGCCAAGAUUGUGCCACUGCACUCCAGCCUAGGCAACAGAGCGAGACUCCAUCUCAAAAAAAGAAAAGAAACUAAUUACACACUGUGAUGGAGGCUGCAAAGAAUACCACUAAGAGUUCAAAAUCAUCUGGGUGCAGUGGCUCACGCCUGUAAUCCCAGCGCUUUGGGAGGCUGAGGCAGGUGGAUCAUGAAGUCAGGAGUUUAAGACCAGCCUGGCCAACAUAGUGAAACCCCGUCUCUACUAAAAAUACAACAAAAUUAGCUGGGCAUGGUGGCAGGCGCCUGUAAUACCAGCUACUUGGGAGGCUGAGGCAAGGAGAAUCGCUUGAACCUGGGAGGUGGAGGUUGCAGUGAGCCGAGAUUGCACCGCUGCACUCCAACCCGGGCGACAGUCUGAGACUGUCUCAAAAAAUAUAUAUAAAAUAAAAUAAUUCAAAAUCGAGGCCUGUGACAUAGGAGGGAAUCUGCUUUAUGCGUGCCUAUUUUUAAAUGCUCCUGGAGGCAUUUAGGCAUUUAGAUCAGUCUAAAUAUAGCUCCAUUCAGUUCGUGCAGGUGACAUUUAUUGGGCAGUACCUGUCUGUGUAACACCCAGAAAACUUGUCUGUGGAGAGGCCCAUGGUCCCAACAGUAAAUGUGGUGAGAGGGUCCCAUAGAGCCGGAGUUUUCAAGCUUUACGGGUUCCCAUGCCGCUUGGGACAGGCUGAUUCAGCGGGUCUGGGUGAAUGUUUUCCAGGUGAUUUUAAGACUGUGGUGAGAAAUAGGGCUUUUAGGGGCUUGUCCUUCAGGAUCAAAGCCUGAUGUGCUGUGUGGCAAUGCAGGCCAACCAGGAACCACCCCAGGAGAGAAGCUGUUUGCACCUCAUUGUCUUUUUCUGCUUAUGUUGGAGCAGGAUGCUGGGGGCUGUCCUGGGAUGGGGUGUGGGACCUUGUGCUAUUUAAAUACUUGUGCACUUGACCUUCUGCUGAGUGGAGUGAUGAUUUGCCACCAACUCAGUUCCAGUGGAGCUGAAGAGACGUCUGACUUGAGUAGUUUUAGGUCCACCAUGGAUAUCUCUUCAAUGCAAGAUUGGCUCUUUCCAUCUACUCUUUCAUUCGUUUUUGACAGAUAGUAUUAAAUGUUUAUCAUGUUCCAGGCACUGUGUGAGGCUCUGAAAAUACAGGGUGAGCAAAUCCAUAUAUCCCCCCUGCCCUCAUGAAGUUUGGAGUCUGAGAUACGACCCCCUCCCUAUGGAGAAGCCGCCAGUGCAGUACAGGGUGGCCUGGGGCCAGAGACAGGACAAAUGUCACCUCCUGCCUCCAUGAGAUACUAUCACUGAUCAUGUCGUGGGCUAGAAUGUGGUUUACACCCCUGGGAUUAACAGGAUGCUACCCAGGCUCAUAGAGGAAGUUGAAUCUUAAAUUCCCUUGAAACUUUCUACCUUGGUGGCUUUCCUAUAAUUUUCUUUUUUUUUUUUUUUUUUUUCGCUGAAUUUCGCUCUUGUUGCCCAGGCUGGAGUGGCACCAUCUUGGCUCACAGCAACCUCUGCCUCCUGGGUUCGAGUGAUUCUCCUGUCUCAGCCUCCUGAGUAGCUGGGAUUACAGGCGCAUGCCACCACGCCCAGCUAAUUUUUGUGUUUUUAGUAGAGAUGGGGUUUCUCCAUGUUGGUCAGGCUGGUCUUGAACUCCCAACCUCAGGUGAUCCGCCCGCCUCAGCCUCCCAAAGUGCUGGGAUUACAGGGGUGAGCCACUGCGCCCGGCCAUCUAUCAUUUUCUGGUAGUCACACUGGAAACAAAACACCUUAGAACCAGAGAUAACCCCCUCCAAGCAAUACGUGAACUCCCUUCACAAGAAACGUCAGGGCUACGUGAGUAUCUGUGUUGAAUGCAGUCUGAAGUGACCCUGUGGAUUUUCCUGGCUGGUUGCCACUACUGUACAACAUUCAGUGCCCACAUCCACCUGUGCCAUUAAGGUUUUCUGAGACAUGAGAGAUGCCUCUUCCCUGCUGUGUGACACGGAUUUGGGAAGUUGGAAAGAAAUGACAACAUCAGGGAGAAAACAUCCCAGGUUCUCACCUGUAGGUAGAAUCAGCCGCCACUUGGUGCUUAUUACCAGUUAUUCAAGAACAAUAACAACAACAAAAUUAGUCGACAUCCAAGAAGCAAAUAUUAGGACCAAAGAUAGCAUCAAUUGUGUUUGAAGGAACCGCAGUUUGCGCAUUUUAUGACAUUUUUAUAAAGUACUGUAAUUCUUUCAUUGAGGGGCGAUGUGAUGGAGACAGACUAACUCAUUUUGUUAUUUGCAUUAAAAUUAUUUUGGGUCUCUGUUCAAAUGAGUUUGGAGAAUGCUUGACUUGUUGGUCUGUGUGAAUGUGUAUACAUAUACCUGAAUACAGGAACAUCAGACCUCCUUACUCCCACACACUCUGCUAUAGUUUGCGUGCUUUCGUGCACACCCCUCAUGAACAGGCUGGCACUCUAGGAUGCUCUGUGUUCACUGAUGAUGAAGAAACCUAGAACUCCAAGCCUGUUUGUAAACACACUAAACACAGUGGCCUAGAUAGAAGCUGUAUCAUAGUUUAAAAUCUGCCUUGCGGGAUAUUACUUAACUCGCUAAUAGUUAAAAGGUUACUUACCAUAGAGCAAGUUGGCCAAUUUUACGGUGUUGGGGAAAUGUUAGGGCGAGGCCUAGAGGUUCAUUUGGAAUCUUGGUUUGUGAUUUUAGGGUAGUUAGGAACUUCCUACUUAAUGUACCUUUAAAAUAGUCUAUUUUCUAUGUUUUGUAUAAUCUGAAACUGUACAUGGAAAAUAAAGUUUAAAACCAGA